GAGAGGAAGUUGUUGGCUGCUGCCUGGGAACAGUAGUGGCUACGAGACCGCAGAAAUGUUGAUAAGGACUCUUUAACAUCAACAAAUUAUAUCUGUGCAUUAUUAGAUACUCGCAUUUUGGAAUAGAUCGAACGGCAAAUGUGCAAAAUGGAUGACAGUGCGUAUAUCAUAGAAUAAAAAGUACUUCUCUGUUCCAUGUCAACCCCGGAAGUGUUGCUUACAAGGCUAGCUUUCGAGAUGCUAGCUAGUCAAUCCGUUAGCUAAAUUGCUGUUUUAGUUUUACAGAAGCAUUGUUCUAUCACGUUUUUGUCGCGAUUAUGCUUGAAUCCCAUUGCAUAUAAAAUGGUGCAGAAUGGCAACGUGAAGUCCAUACUGUUUCAGUGAAGAUAACAACUGCCAUCUGGCAAGCAACCUGUUUUACCUACCACAUCUGCAAGAUGAUGAGACCACAGAGGGAAUCCGUAUAGUAGGUUCUAGGUUUCGACACCAAAGUCGCGUUAUAACACCGCGUUAUACACUACCCGAAACGCAUUUCUAUACCCUUAGGGCAUCUGUGGAUAUCAUAUCAAUGAUCGUUUGUCUCCGGCUGUCAGAACUCAGUGCAGGCUGCCGACACCAUGAGUGCCAAAUUUGGACUGAUCAACUACAACUCCCGCAAGCACAUCUCCAUCUCCGUGCCCUCCUCCUCCGCAGACGCCAUGUCCCCACACAUCAAGUCUGUUGAGGAGCUGAAAGUCUUGGGCAUCAACCUGCACACCUUCACCCCUCCUGCUCAGUUCUUCAUCUGUGUGGCAGGGGUCUUCGUCUUUUACCUCAUCUAUGGCUACCUACAGGAGCUGAUCUUCUCUGUGGAGGGGUUCAAGCCCUUCGGUUGGUACCUCACCUUAGUGCAAUUUGGCUUCUACUCCAUGUUUGGCCUGGUGGAGCUGCAGCUGACUCAGGACAAACGGAGAAGAAUCCCUGGGAAAACCUACAUGAUGAUAGCAUUUUUAACUGUUGGGACCAUGGGUCUUUCGAACACAUCUCUGGGAUACCUGAAUUAUCCCACUCAAGUGAUCUUCAAGUGCUGCAAGCUCAUUCCUGUGAUGAUAGGAGGAGUAUUCAUACAAGGGAAACGCUACAAUGCAAUCGACGUGUCCGCUGCUCUCUGCAUGAGUCUGGGCCUCAUCUGGUUCACUCUGGCGGACAGCACGGUUGCACCAAACUUUAAUGUGACCGGGGUGAUGCUCAUCUCCCUGGCCCUGUGUGCGGAUGCCGCCAUUGGGAACGUGCAGGAGAAGGCCAUGAAGCUGCAUAACGGCUCCAACUCUGAGAUGGUGCUGUACUCCUACUCCAUCGGCUUUGUUUACAUCCUGCUGGGCCUGCUGUGUGUCGGGGGACUCGGACCAGCCGUCGCCUUCUGCUCACAGCACCCGGUGACGACGUACGGCUAUGCCUUCUUCUUCUCCCUCACCGGCUACAUCGGCAUCUCCUUCGUCUUGGCCCUCAUCAAGCUGUUUGGCGCCCUCGUAGCCGUCACAGUGACAACAGGACGAAAAGCCAUGACGAUAGUGCUGUCGUUCAUGUUCUUCUCUAAGCCAUUCACAUUUCAGUACAUCUGGGGAGGGCUGCUGGUGGUGCUUGGUAUCUUCCUGAACGUAUACAGUAAGAACAAGGACAAGAUGAAGCUGCCAUCCCUGGCAGAGAUACGCAGCCGGCUACUGAGGGAACGCAAAGCUCGGAUGCUCUCACAGAACGUCUAGCUCGGACUGGUUUUUUUUUCCGUCUUUAUCUCUCGGGACGCUGUUGGACCUCGGACGGUGGAUUCAGUUGUCCAGGCCAUUCAUUGGUGAAGAUGUGAAGCCAUGGGGCUGAUGUAAACCUCCUAAGGACCAGCAGGCGGUCCCAUUCCUAUCACACAAGACGCUUUGGUCUUUGACGAAGACUCAUAUCAAAGGGAAACUGUUGACACAAGAAAAAGCCAAAAAACUAAAGCACAGAUUUGCACUAGAUAACGGUGACCUAAAUCAAUUGUGCAGGACUUAUUGUUGGAAGGAGAGACCAGUUUGACGGUUGGUUGCGUACAGACAGACAGACUGUUAACGGGCCAUGUCCAAGUUGAAUGUGUUGAACCCGAUGGGAUCUGGGAUCAUCUUGGGAUCAUCUUCUUAAAAACAGUGAAAUCUUCACCUGCACGUGCCACAAGAAGUAACUUCUUUUUAUGUUGUUUUUCUUUUUUUUUUCUUGUCUUUUCCGAAUCAUGUGUGUACAUUUCCAUAAUCUAUUUUAAUUUAUAUCUCUUGAUUGUAAUGAACAUGAGGGUGUAACGGACUAACUGAAAAAAAAAAGAAGUUACGGUAUCUUCAAAGGAACAAACGUGUCAACUGCCAUAUUUGCUAACCGUUUGUCUGUUGGUGAAUGGACAGGUCUUUUUACAUUAAAAAAAAGAAAAC